AUGGCUGACAUGUUUAAUAUCACUGAGACAUACCUCAAGUUUUUGGAGGAGGAUUCUGACAUGACGAUGCCGAUUGCGGCCAUCGAAGCAUUAGUCACGUUGCUGCGAAUUAGGAAUCCAGGAACUGCAGCUGAGAUGAUCAACUCUAUCAAAUCAGCUGCGGCAGAAUUGGUUCAGUCUAUUCCUAACUCGGUCUCGUUGAGGGCUGGUUGUGAUAUCUUCAUGAGAUUCGUUAUGAGAAACUUCCACCUUUAUGGAGACUGGGAAAGCUGUAAAAGACAUUUGAUUGAAAACGGACAACUAUUCGUCUCGAGAGCAAAGAGAUCCCGUGAAAAGAUAGCCAAUAUUGGUAUUGAUUUUAUUGCCGAUGAUGAUUUAAUUCUCGUCCACGGAUUUUCGAGAGCGGUAGUUUCGCUACUAUCCAAGGCAGCUGAUAAGUUGAUCAGAUUCAGGUGUGUUGUUACAGAAACCAGACCGACAAACCAAGGUGAACAAUUAUACUCACUAUUAGCAACAAAAGGUAUUCCUGUAACUUUGGUGGUCGACAACGCAGUUGGUUCCAUCAUCGAUAAAGUUAACAAGGUACUUGUCGGCGCAGAAGGCGUCGCUGAGAGUGGUGGUAUUAUAAAUGUCAUUGGUACAUAUUCUGUCGGGGUGCUUGCCCAGAAUGCUAAGAAACCAUUUUACGUGGUCUCAGAGUCACACAAAUUCGUCCGUAUGUUUCCAUUGUCGUCCGAUGAUCUCCCAAUGGCCAACAAAUUACUGGAUUUCUCCCGUGAUCCCAACGACUUGGAAAAUAUAUUGAGUGGACCAACUAUCGAUUAUACAUCUCAAGAAUACAUUACAGCUUUGAUCACAGAUUUGGGUGUUCUAACGCCAAGUGCUGUCUCCGAGGAAUUGAUCAAGAUGUGGUAUGAUUGA